AAAAGCCACGAUACUGGAUUUGUCCUGUAACAACCUGGUUUCCCUGCCGUCAGAUUUCUGCAGUUUGAUGCAUCUGGUGAAAUUGGAUUUGAGUAAAAAUCGGCUUCAGCAGCUGCCCUUGGACUUUGGCCGCCUGGUCAAUCUGCAGCACCUGGACCUCCUGAACAACCGUUUAGUCACCCUGCCAGUCAGCUUUGCACAGCUCAAGAACCUGAAGUGGCUGGAUCUGAAGGACAAUCCCCUGGAUCCUGUCCUGGCUAAAGUAGCAGGAGACUGUCUGGAUGAGAAGCAGUGUAAACAGGCCGCUGUCAAGGUACUGCAGCACAUGAAGGCGAUCCAGUCCGAGCAGGACCGACAGCGGCAGCGGAAGCUCCAAGCAGAGCGAGAAAUGGAGAAGAAGCGUGAAGCAGAACAGCGAGCAAAGGAGGCUCAAGAGAGGGAACUGAGGAAGCGAGAGAAGGCAGAAGAAAAGGAACGCAGGAGACGGGAGUAUGACGCUCAAAAAGCUGCAAAACAGGAGACGGAGAAGAAAACUAAAAAAGAAACUGUGCAGACCCGAAAGCCCACCUCCGGCUCUCGUCCCCCUCAGCCGCCCCGGCACAAGCGCUCCUGGUCGCGGUCGGUGCUGCGGGUCCUGCUCUUCGCGCUGCUGUGCGUCCUCUGUACUUUGGCCGCCUGCAAGCUGACAGAGCUGCAACGUCAACCUCUGUGCAUCAGCGUCAACACUCUCUACGAGGACGUGUUAGCCGCUCUGCAAAACCACAAAACCCUGCAAAAUAUGCUGCAACAGAACUCGCAGCAGUGAUUGUCCUGGACGGGCACUUGCUUCAUCAGCAUCUCCCUCCACCAUCUACGCAGCCAGAAUUCCUAUGGAAUUGUGUUCUGAUGAAACUGCUUUUAAUCGGUCAGCAUUGGUUUGCUGGUCCACUCCACACAGAGCAGAGUUCUUGUUCAGAUCACCUUUGCUGUGCAUGUUUCGCAGUUGGCCUGUAACUCCCAUUGUUUGCCCCCAUUAACCUAAACUCGUUAACAGUUCUUACC